AAGGACUAAAAAUAUUCCAAUCUUCAAAAUUCAGAGGAAAGUUUCAAAAUCAUCAUGUUCUUGAUAUAAGCUAUUGUUAUUGUGGAUGCAACUCUGAAAUGUAGAUAAGGCAGUGGUUUGUAGAAGAAAAGCGUGACUAUUGCAUAUUUCCACUUGAUCAAUGAAUAUAAGUUUGUACCAUUAGACAUUGGAUUUGAAAAAAAGUAAUUUCUAGUUGACGAGUUUUUCUAGAAGUUUAUUUGAAUUAAAAUGAUUUCAUUAAGAGGAUGCAGAAAUAAUUAAAUACAUAAUUCGUCGCUGAAAUAUUGCAGUAUGAAGUGUGUGUUAUUUCACCGACAAAGUGAUGCCAUACCUAGUAAAUAUUGCUAUUCGUGUUCAUCACAAUAAAAUGAGUUUAUCUAAACGAUUUUCUUGGUAAAUAAGUAAAAUAACCAGCAUUUAUUUUGUUUGUUUGGUAGCAAUAUGGCGGAUUAGUGUUUUUAAUAUUAAAUUUUAUACUGCCUUAUUACAAUUCUUGAGUGAAUUUUAACUGUCGUACGUAGAAUGCGAGCCAAUGUGAGAAAAAGGGAAAGUCGGUGUGUAUUUUGUGUGAGAGCAGGAUGACAGAUCACUCGCUACAUCGGGUAACGAGUACGCGCAAUGUGUGUUGAUGGCGAAGGAGUAAAUGGAAAAACGAGUACAGCAACCAUUAAUUCACAGUGUGAUGGAGAUACACGUCGGUUUUAGUAGUGCUGUGUUCGUUCGAUUUCGGAUGUGCAGAGUAAAAAAAUAUUACUUUAUAGUGAAUAAAUAUUUUUUAAAAAGCGCAGUAUAAAAAAUCGCUAUCGCGGCCGCCAUUGUUUUAGUGCACACAGUAUGAAAACGGCAUUAGUGUUUGCUAUAGGAGAAGUGCGGGGAUAACAAAGUGAAAAUUUAAAAUUACUAAAAUUCAAAGCAAGCGGAAUAAGAAUUUGUUGGGGAAAAAAGUUUUCUCACAAAUGUCGAAUUGGCUUUUGUUAUCCAUAUAGUGGUUACCGUUGUUUUUGUAAUUCUACAGUGAACAUACUCGCUCAUUCCGACUCUAAUUAAAUCUAAAAGAGAAUCCGGAAAAAAUAAACGCGGCCAUAAUUAAAAAAAAAUAAUAAUUGGAAAUAGUUGCGAAUAUUUAAUGUUUGAUAUGAAGUUUUCAAUUUAGAACUUAAUUGAAGUGCAUAUGUGGGUUUUAAAGUUUACUGAGUACAUUAUAAAACCUAAAACCAAAAAAAAUUUCAAAGUAAAUAGUCGUGUAUGAAAGUACCAAAUCGAAAUUCUGUUCCCGUUUCGUGGUGAAAGAAGAGGAAGAAUUAUACUUAGCUAAACCCCUAGCUAGCAGUAUGGCGCGAUUAUGAAUUUGCGAUUUCGUCAAAAAGUUUAAAUUUAAAUGAUAUACUCCCAAUUUGCAGUAUUGAAAAAGCUCGCGCACUUAUAAAUUUUCAACAAAUUUUUCGAAUGUAUUGUGUUAGAAGGAAGCCUCUUCAUUCUAUGCGAUUUUUACUGGAUAGGACAAUUUUGCAAUUAUCCUUCGAACCUCAAUUCUACAUAUGCGAAAGAGAUCAGCUCGUUUGUGCAAGAAAGAAAGGAAUAUUCACAUCGACAGAGAAAAGUUUAUAAACAGGUAGCAACCACUGUUUAAUUUAUAGACCAAGAAAGAAAAAAAACAAACAUUAAAAAUUGAGAAGUUAAUUGAUACAACGACGCGCGCAAUACGCAGGCGCAGUCAACGAGUUGGCAGUGGUCGUGGUGUUGAGAACGAAACGGUGGCGGUGGACAGUGGAAUCAACGCCAGCGCAUUGACAGACGCUGCGUAUGACAGCAUCGUGGCCGCUGACGCCGCGAUCAUCGAGAAGCCAGAUGAAGCUGCUUCUGGUAGUAAAACUAUGGCACCAGCGCUCAACGAGCCAAUGAGCCCCACGGAAAAACUCUCCAACUCGACGGCAAAAGUCGCACCACCAUCUCGUUCGACUAAGAGUGCUGAAUCAGGCUCAACAACGUCGGCAUCCCUCAACACUAAUAGUGAACAAAAAGCGAAAGGAUACCGUCGAUCUUCGACUUCUACUCCAACACCAUCAUCUUCGACAUCUAAUUCGACACGAAUAACCAGAUCCAAGGACGCUUAUCAACGAGUCUUUGAACAAGCAGUCUCGCCAACUUCUUUAGUUGUGCAAAAAUCAAAACAAUUAAUCAACACCUUGGCAGACAAGAAAAACACAUCGGUUAUAGACACAAGUUUGGCAGACGGUGAGAAAAGGGAGACUCAAAAAGAAGAUACCAUCAGUAAUGAGCCAAUGGGCCUAAGCGUAAUUCCACAUAAUAAGGGCAUUAGUAUUGGUAAUGACAAAAAUAUUGUCGAGGCAAUAUUUUCGGACGCAGAGGCGAGUGAGACGCCCUGCAAAGAAACCGAAUCUAAUAUCAACAAUAAUAACAAUACCAGUAUAAGCUGUAAAAGUAAUUCAACGGAACAGCUUUUAGCCGAUUUGACAAAUGAUAUUGAAGAGAGUAUAACAACGAAAGUUUGUAUUCGUAAACAUCUUCAAGAAGUCGCAGUGGGGAAGAACGGCUCAAAUAAAUCAAAUGUUCUAACAAGUACAAAUUCGGAGACGAAAGAAUUCACCAAUCUAAAAAUUUGUGGAAAAGAAGCAAAUAAAAUAAACGCAGCUGUAAGUUCGAGUAUCGCACAAUCCUCACAAGGAGACGAACGCCAACAUAUGGAAGUAGAGUUACUUACUGAAUGUAAUGAAAAAAGCGAAAAUUGUUUAGGGUCCUCCUCUAAAGCGCAAGCACAAAAGAUAACAAUAAGCAAUGAGAAAAAAAGAUUUAGUGACGUGAUUGUAACAACGCAGGGGCUAUCAAAGGUAACACCGACUAUUCCAACUGAAGAAGUAAAUGCUGAGUCUGUGAAGGGAAACUCGGGAACUUUAAAACCAGAUGCUACAACGCGUAUUCAAAUUUUGUCGGUGGAUGUUCUGCCACCAAUAAGUACAGAUUCAACUAUGACUGCCUCUGAAGUGGAGGAUAAUCUUGAAGAGCGAUUAAGUCAGUUGGAUGGUACGGCCAUGGCUUCACCAACUUGUGAUGAGGGCAUUACUCCAGUAAGCGGAAGCAUUGUAACCCUCCCUGUAUCAACAACGCCACCGUGUACACCAACAAAGCAUCAAACACAUCACCAACAGGUGCAGCAGUUGCAGCUGCAAUUGCAACAAACCCCACCAACACCAUUAUCGAAUCAAGUACGCCAGCUACAACACUCUUUUACGCCGCAAAGUAGCACAUCGUCGGUGAAUACAUUGAAUAGCACGAAUUUGCCACCAGCGUUUAUGAAAGAGGGUGGUGCUGGGGAACUAGAGGAUCAAGAUUUAGAGGAGGUGUUGAAAGUUCUUAAAGGUUUCGAUGGCAGCGCUGGCGCUGAUACGCUCUGCGACUUAAAUGUACUAUUUAACGAAGAGUACACACUAUAUGAAGACGUCGGCAGCCAGGUAGCAACUACAUCGAACAAACCGAGCCCCUUAAAGGAAAUGCAAAGUGAAAUCGAGCGGAAUCAACAAGCGAUGCAUCGCAAAAUCGAUUUUCUUUUAAGGCGCUUGCGAAAAAUACAAUCGCGUUAUAUGAGCAAACAUUGCAGCGAAGAAAUUGCUGGCUUGUUUGAGUGGACGGCACGUAUAUCUGUUGGUAAAGGUAAUGCCAUGAAUAGAGUUUCGGAUUUAUUAUGUCCUGAUACCGCAAUCAGUGUCAUAGCAGCGAGACCUCCCGCCAAUAAUUGGGCAGAUGAAAAGAAUCCUGUGGCUUCAACACAAAUGUCAUCUAUGUUACGGCGGUUAGAACAGUCUUCGAAUGCCCAACAGCUGUGCAUGGUUCCCACAAAUAGCAAUUUGAGUGUAGCAAGUACGCAAAUGUCGCGUAAAUCUAAGAAGGCAUUAUUACAAGAUAUGCAAACGGCUGCGUCAGCGUCCACAGCGACGACGUCAAUAUCGACGUCGGUUGAACGCAAAGGAGAAAUUGUGGUUCCCAAUUACGAUAUAAAUGUCAGCGAAGAGUUGGCUCAGGUUGCUGGACUGCUGCAAACAGAAAUGCGGGAGGUGCAGACGGCAAUGGACUCCGAUGCGACAGAAUCAAGUUCUGGUGGUGAAUCUGCCGAUGAAAUGGUCACCUAUAAUAAUCAAAUACAACAGCCAUUAGCCAUUGCAAAGCGUGCAGCUUGGCGGUAUUCACGUGAUCGAGCAGCGAUAGCCGCGCGUUGGUCUUGGCUACUUUCACAAAUAGCUGAUUUAGAAAUAAAAAUACGGCAACACACUGAACUACGACAGGAAAUUGUACGAAGCAAGGGGUCAGUGGUAUGCGGUCAAGAUGAGCCGCACGUUGCUACGAAUGAUAGUAGUCACAAAACAAGUGAAGUCUCCGCAAUCAAUAUAACAACAACAUCUGUUAAUGGUUACAAAGGGAAUCUGGUAGGCAACACAAGCAGUAAACUUGAUAUAAGCGAAGCGGAUGGAACGGGACUGUUGGGGACUGCUCGCACCCGCGGUUUUGUGCCAUCGCUUUUCCGUAAACGUAAACUCCUUCAAACACAGAGUCUGCACACAAUUUCUAAGAAGGCUGCGCGACCAAGUAACAUCAAAUGUGGUUGCCAGUGGCCAUUUAAUCCAUGUGCACUGUGUACGGGGCGCAUAGAUCCGACAGCGCCUCGAGAUCCGCCAGAUACAAUGAUGAUGGCGGAUAGAAUAGCGCUACUUGAUCCUGGCUAUCAUCCUGUUUUAAGUUUCCGUGAAGACGUCAGCAGCACUUUGCACCUGGAGGCCAUUGCUCGAAUUCCAGACUGGCAGCACAGAGUUAUGCGUUGUCAAGUUAAAAGUAUAGCGAAAAGCGUCUGGAAAGCUGAGCGAGAAGCCGAACGUGCAGCCGGACUUAACACAUCCAAGAAAUACAAUGAACCGACCGUGAAACGCCGCUACACAAAGAAAAAGGAUCGCUUGGCGAUGGAUGAAAAGAAUGCGGCGGCGGCAGCGGCAACGGCUACGGCAACGACAGCAAAUUCUGCAAAUGCGUCACUAUCAACAAUUGGUUUUACAACAGAUUCAUCGGCUAAUUUAACAAAAGGAGUCGGACUCGAAAAUGGUGGAGCGGCAACGAAUGUGUCAGCAGCUGGCGCAAAUGAAACCACAGCGAUAACAGCAACAACAACGUCAUUGCCGGCGAGCGAUGGUGGAAACGGUACUGGCAUUUUGUCUACGUCUACUCCAACAACGCCACUUGUGGCCAACAGUAAAUUAUUGUAAACAUGAAAAAUUCGAUAAUUGAUAUUAACAUAAAACAAAAACAA